AUGCUCACUACAGAAGUCAAGCUAGCUGAAUCUCGAGCAGAGCGUGAUCUGCAAGAUUCUCUCGCAGAGAUAUUCAGCAUCAUAGUCACUCUUGAUGAGCUAGAAAAAGCAUUCCUAAAAGAUGCGAUUCCAGAGGCAGACUACACGGAGAUUUGUGAACGUUCGUUGAAGCAAUAUAAGUCCAUACUUGCGGAUGAGACUGUCGCCAAAGCAUUCGGCGACUUGGAGGAGUUUAAGGCAGAAUGGGACCUUGAAGUCCCUCGAGCUACAGAGCGCAUCCGAGUGGGCAUGCCCUCGACAGCAGUGACAGCAUCUGCCGGAAGCGCUCCCACUCCUUCGUCAGCAGGGAACACCAGCGGAGCUUUGAUCUUGGAAGCGACCCAGGACUUCAUUACGUUUCUGGAUGCUCUGAGGCUAGGGCUUCUAGCUAAAGAUCAACUACAUCCGUUAUUAACCGAUGUCAUCCAGUCAGUCAACAAGGUUACUGAUAGGGAUUUUGAGAACAGGGGCAAGAUUGUGCAAUGGCUCAUCACACUAAACCAGAUGAAGGCGACAGAAGAGCUGAGCGAAGCACAGGCGAGAGAGUUAGAGUUGGACAUCAACUCGGCUUACCAAGGAUUUAAGAGCACCCUUUCAUAG